AUGUGGUGGAUCCAAGGAAUUUUAUUCAGAGAAGAAGAAAACAACAAAAAGAUGUUGGGUGUAUCGCUGCGGGACGAGGUCGUCUUCUCCGGCGGGAAAGCUCUUCUUCUCCGCGGGACGAGGUCGUCUUCUUCUGCGGGACAGCUCGUAUUCUCCGGCGGGACGAGGUCGUCUUCUCCGGCGGGACAACUCGUAUUCUCCGACGGGACGAGGUCGUCUUCUCCUGCGGAUUUGAGAGGCAUGGUCGGCUUUGAAAGGCGUCGACUGGCACUGGCGUUCACGAGUAUCGGCCGGUGCGGAGCGGUGAACGGUGUCGGACUGCGGCGGCGCUCUGUGGAGUUGCCGGUAGCUGUCAGGCUUUGA